AUGCCUAACCCAUGCCUGCAGUACAGACCAGGUUGUGAGAUUCGAAUAAACAAAAUAACAUUCCAGCAUGGAAGCAAAGAUGAGCGACUGCUUAAUGAUGACCAUUGUAAUGCCACAUGGGAUGGUCUCAUGUGCUGGUCCUCGACGCCCGCUGGACAAACGGCUGAGCAGAAAUGUCCAGCAUAUGUCGACAACUUCUACAGGCAUGCCACGGCCACCCGAAAGUGCUUGGACAGCGGUCAGUGGUUUUUCAACUCUGAGCUCAACGCAACGUGGAGUAACUAUACAAGUUGCAAAAUCACGGAUUCGUACGGAGCUGGUCCUCCUCUUGUUCUUGUGCCCAAGGAACACAUGGAACGGAUCAAAUUGAUGUACAGUAUAGGAUACGGUGUAUCCCUCUUCGCCCUGUCUGUCGCCAUAUUCAUCAUGAUUUACUUCAA